CAAGACGACAAAGAAUAUCUUGGAGAGAGAAGGAGAGAAAAAAUGGAUACAAAAGUAGAGAGAGAAGUACAACUUAAGCAUGGAGGAGGAGAAAUAAAUGAGAUUAGGAAGGUGAUUAAGGUUGUAAUUAUGGUGGUAAUUUUGGGUUACUUAAUAAUAUGGUGUUUAAUGCCCACUAAUCUUUACAAAACUAAUUGGAAAGUUAAAAUGACAGCUGCCUUAAGCUCUGCUUAUUUUGGUACUCAAGGUUAUCAAUUGUUGAUAUACACAUUUCCUAUCUUAUUCAUUGCUGCUUUAGGAUCUGUGUACCUUCAUUUAGGAAAAAAUUGUAUUGAAUAUGAACCAAGGAAAGAAGAGAAAAGUGGAAGGUGGUUAGCAAGAUUGAGAAGACCAGUACUGGUUAGACAACCAUUGGGGAUCGUCUCAGGAAUUGAAUUAUCUUUUCUAAUGAUGUUCAUAGCCUUUUUUGUUUGGACCUUAACUAUGUAUUUGCAUAUUGGUUAUGCCAAUAUUAAGGUUCAAGGUUAUGGAGGAGGAAGAUGGUUGUAUAAGUGGGAGGCAACAACACUUAGGUUAGGGUUAACAGGGAACAUAUGCUUAUCGUUGCUAUUUUACCCGGUAACCCGUGGAUCAUCCAUAUUACAACUAUUCGGAUUAACAUCUGAAGGAAGCAUAAAAUACCACAUUUGGCUUGGUCACUUAACCAUGGCUACCUUCACUGCUCAUGGCCUUGGUUAUAUUCCUCUUUGGGCUGUUGCUGGUGAAAUUAAUCAGGCAUUAAAAUGGGAAAAAACAGGAGUAGCAAAUGUAGCAGGAGAAAUAUCCCUAUUAUGUGGCCUAAUCUUAUGGGCAGCAACAUUCCCAAAAAUUAGAAGAAAAUAUUUUGAAGUAUUUUUUUACACACACUAUCUAUACAUCCUUUUUGUUGUGUUUUUCAUGUUCCAUGUGGGAAUUGGGUAUGCAUUAUACAUGCUUCCUGGCUUCUACCUUUUCAUGAUCGAUCGAUACUUGCGUUUCCUCCAAUCGAGCCAACCUGUUCGUUUGUUGUCUGCUCGAUCCUUAGCGUGUGGUGCACUCGAGCUUAACUUUGCUAAAAGUAGGAGUUUAUGUUAUAAUCCUACAAGUAUUAUGUUUUUGAAUGUUCCUAGUGUUUCUAAGUUGCAAUGGCACCCUUUCACUAUUAGUUCUAGUGCCAAUUUGGAUCAAGAUAAGCUUAGUGUUGUUAUUAAGCUUGAAGGGAGUUGGAGUAGGAAGCUUUAUGACUUGAUCAAUUCUUCCUCGAUUGAUCGCCUUCAAGUCUCCGUUGAAGGCCCUUAUGGCCCUGCUUCUUCCCAUUUUCUAAGGCAUGAUACACUGGUGAUGGUGAGUGGAGGAAGUGGGAUAACACCAUUCAUGUCAAUCAUCCAAGAACUUGUUUAUGUGAGCACCAACUUCAAAACCCCAACCCCAAAAGUCCUCCUAAUUUCAUCAUUCAAAAGAUCAUGUGAUCUAUCCAUGUUGAAUCUCAUCCUACCACUCUCAGGAUCCUCUUGUGAUCUUUCAAGUCUCGAUUUACAAAUCAAAGCCUACAUCACAAAAGAUAAAGUACCAAAUGAAGACGUCUCAAACCAACCGCGAACUAUAUGGUUCAAACCAAAUGCUUCCGAUUCACCCAUUUCACCUAGCCUAGGUACAAACAGUUGGCUUUGGCUCGGAGCCAUAAUCAUGUCUUCGUUCGUUAUGUUCCUUAUUUUGAUGGGGCUACUUACGCGUUACUACAUAUACCCUAUUGAUCAUAACACCAAUGACAUCUUCCCUUCGGCUGCAAAAACUAUAUACUAUGUAUUGAUCCUUUGUGGGUGCAUGGUCCUUGUGGCCAGUGCUGCAUUCCUUUGGAACAAGAAGAAAAAUGCAAUGGAAAAUAAGAAAAUCGUUCACAUGGAAGGCAUAACACCAACCGCAACACCUGAAUCACGGUUCUAUAAUGCUGAUCGAGAGCUCGAGAGCCUUCCUCAUCAAUCUAUCCUCGAAUCUACUGAAGUUCAUUAUGGUGGAAGACCUGAUCUUAAGAAAUUGUUGUUCGAUUGCAAAGGGUCAAGUGUAGGAGUACUCGUUUCGGGUCCUCGUGGGCUAAGACAUGAGGUUGCAGCUAUAUGUGGGUCUGGUUUGGUGGAUAAUUUGCAUUUUGAAUCAAUCAGUUUUAGUUGGUAAGAUACCAACUUGGAGUCGGAAGCUAUAUUGAAGCAUGAGAACUUGCAUUUCUUUUACAGUAUAUAUAUAAUAUUACCUCUGUUCUGAAUACUUGUAAAUGAUGGUGACAUAUUUAAUGGAAAAAUAUCAUUAUCAGUAUAAAGUAUAAUGGAACAAGGAAGUAUAAUAUAAUCCCUUGACCUGUCUUUUUUGGUGUGUCCUAAAAUUUGAAGUUUCUAAUCAACAUACAUAAUGUACUAUAGUCUACAAAAAUGUGAUGUUCUGUACAAAUAUAAAUGGAAGGUGGAGCAAACUUCCACGAUUAGAGUGUAAUUCCAUCUUUUCUUUUAAAUAUUAAG